CGCCCGUCGUCUUUGACCCAAGACAACUCGACGAAACGUCGUGAUAGCAAUUUCAUCGCGGACUUCUGUUGCCUGCGACGAAGCAACGUUCGCAUGACUUUGUCGGCGGCGGCCGGAACGGUUUGGGACUGCGCGGGCUUGUUGGAGCACGUGGCGAAUGCGGAAGCCAUCCACCAGGUGCACUGCGAGGAGGAAGAGACGAUGUUGCGCGCCUCCACUACUUCAGUCUUUGGUCAUCCCGAUCCGCCGCGGACGUACCUUUUUCACCUUGACUCCAGUGGCGACGUGUACACCGGCAACGACACUAAUUGUCGUUCCCCGUCCGCCGUUUUGAUGAUCGCAUAUACCGCCCACUGUGUCGCGGGACAAAUCCUGGAAUCCGAUUCUUCAACCGAAACUAGCAGCCCAAAAACCCCGUCCAAUACUCCCUUUACAAUCUGUAGCUUGCGUCCACAACUUCCGGAAGAAAACGACGAGGAUGAUAUGGAGCUAGACCGGAGCCUCGAGUAUGCUUUCCUCCUGGGUGAAGUUGUAACAUGUUUGACAGUCGUUGGUGCAACACCAGCCAACCCAAAAACAGCCGACAGCUCGGUAGAAUCAUUGUCCCGUGCGAUUCCUUCUACAAGCGCUAGCAGUAGUCCAGACGUGGAUUGCAGAUUGCUCGCACUCCUUUUGGGCACGUCGGCUUCCAGGGUACUUGCAGUAGAGCUCACGCUACGACGCGAACAAGACGUUUGGAGUCUGACUUUAGCAGCGCAAGAGAGACAGCACAGUGAUCAAGUUUUGUUUGAAGCUCUACCUAGAGAUGAUUUGGAAACUUGCCGACGACUUGAACGUUCUGGUAAUUUUCGUGUUCCUUUUGUCCCCGACGGCGGCGUGGUCUCCUUGACAGCAUUUUCCCUCGGUGCCACAACAACGACGACCUCCUCCGGCCGUCACUCGUCUUUUGUGUGGGUGGUCUAUGGCGAUGGCACGCUAGUCCGCGUCCAUAGUCAAGCCGUUUUCCCGUCAACGUGGCAGCAAGGUGCAGCCGCCAACCAAUCCGUGGAGGCCUGGCUUGGUGGGACACCGACGAGUAAAAUGACGACGACAGCCGGUUCCCUUCGAGUUGUUCCACUCUAUCAGUAUCACCUUACACCGCUCGCUGAGGUGCCCGGAACCGUACAAUCACAAACUGUGGAGUCGUCGUCCGAUGACGACGCUGACUACGACGGAGAAAAUGUUGACGAGUUGGAAUCAUUUGAAGCCUUGGUUUUCAGUGAAAGGGCUACGGACAACUUUCCUACGCUCGUAUUUUACACGUCAGAAAAUCAUUUUGACCAUUCCAUGCAUCCCAGCCAACGCAGUUCUCUCUCCCAGAGGACUUCGGUCAAAGCUGUUGUCGGAAACACCAAGGCAUUGGUUGGUGGCUUUGUGGGUUCCGCCAUGGGAGCGCUGCGGUGGGGUUGGGGUGGUGAUACACGUGCGGCUACUCACAUGAGUACUCCGCCGGUCCUUGACGACGAGAUGACGGGAGACGAAAGGGACUUGCCUGCUACGCCAUUUCCGUCGUUGUGGAAAGAUCCCAUCACGCUGGUGGCCGGUCAUGAGCUUCACGACGCGCCACGGCGCAUCGAGUUUUGUGCGCUGGAUCCGAAGGGCAAUCUAGCGGCACUCGCCGACACUCUCGGACGGAUUAUCGUGUUGGAUCUGACGACCAAACAAGUCGUGCGCGUGUGGAAAGGUUUUCGAGAAGCUACUUGCCACUGGAUUCAAGCGCCGCGUGCGGAGGACCCGGGCAAGUGUCGCCUGUACCUGGCAAUUCACUCACGACAACGACAUGCUCUCGAAGUGUGGCCGAUCAGACAAGGUGGAAAGGUUUUCUCUAUGCAAGUGGGACGGGAUGCACAUAUUCUUCCGUGUACGAAUGGUUUGUCGCCGUCUCAUUGGGCAAUCUGUUAUUGUCUAUAUUCAAAUGUAAUUGGUACGGGUCUAAAUCGGAUGGAACGGAUUACUGUAGACGGUUUAUCCAACAAGAAGUCCUCCGUAGUCACAGCGCCAUCAAUGGCUAGCUCGAGCACAUCAACGCACAAUGUUGCGCCAAGUCCAUCACAAACAGUAUGGUCACCGAGAACAGCUGCUUUGAAGCUCCGCCAUCUUCAACAAUUGCUCUCAACUGAAUCGGCACACUACACGACCCAGGACCUUUACAAAGCUUUGCAGGACAUCGAGUCGCUAGUCGACCUGUCUUCUGCUUUGGAUCUGCUUGCAGGAGCGUCGGUACUAGAAGAUCGGUUGGGUGUAAAGGGGGCCGACUUUCAGAAAUUAGCGCUGGGCUAUUGCAGUGUGACCUUGAGUGCGGCUACAAAGGGAAAUGAUGCCACAAAGAGUUCAAAUCCGAAUGUGCAGCUGCUUUCGCGGAAGAUCAACUUCUAUUCUCAGUUUCGCUAUCAGAUCAUAACCGCUUUUGUGCUGGUGCAAAAGUUUGAAGCUACGACACACGACAAGGCCUCCGAGUCUCAACCUUUGGUGCCAUCAACCUGGGCCGAAGAAGCUGCCGGAUGGGCUUCGACGUACUCUCAGAUCGUUGACAACAAGGAAUCUUCCCAGCAGGAUAGCACCCCUUACCAUAAGAGUCCGGUUUCUUUUUCAAUUUUUGCAAAGGCAUUGAUAUUUCCCAAUUCAGCAACGGAGGGAAAGAAAAAGAUGAAAAUUUUCUUCAGUGAUAGCUCCAGGACCCGCAAAGAUAUUUUGGUGCAUGUUUUUAAGCCGCUUCUGGCGGAUGUAUUUUCUUUCAAUGUUGUGAACUCAAUUUUCGAUGCGCUAGGAAUUCGAGACGAGACGGACUACAUAAUGAAGUGCUUUGGGGAAUGGUUCAUGACGGUUCAUGUGGAUCAGAUCCUUGAGAGAUGCCUCUUCGCGAACCUAGCUCCGUCGACACGAUUGUUACAGGACCUUGCCACUGUUCAGCUUACAAAGUACCAAGGCGGGGCUGCCUUGAAUGUUCUUUACAAGUUUUGCAAAGAGGCGACAGACUUGGUGCGAGCAUUUCUACUGUGUGUCCUGUGUCGAGACGCCGUUGCGAAAGCCUCUACACAGCAAGAGAAAGCCACUUACGGUACGAUUUUGAGUGUAGAUAUGACCAAAGAUUGGGAAUGCCUACUUCGGAGUGUAAGAAUUUGUCUUCUGGUUUCUUUGCGACUGAAGGGUGUUAGACUUGGCGCUGCGCCAGUCAGUGUUUAUGCCGUUGAGCAAGACGGUAACUUUUCGGUUUACGAGUGGCUUGCACGAGACGAGCUUUCUUUGACGCAGGAUCACGAAGAAAUCUCUAGUUUGGAGAAAGCGUGCAAAAUGAGUAGCUUCGCAUUUGACCCAUCGCAGCGUGAAGGGGACGACCCCACACACUUCAAGUUACUACAAAGUUCUUGUUUAUCUGCAUCAAUCAGUGAGGACGAACGCGCUGAGUACUUGGUUGACUUUGACGACGACAUGGGCGCUCUCCUGCUGUUCUUCAGACGCUACAAUGAGCCUGCACUUCUCGUGGCUCACCGGGCCUUACUUCUCGGAUCCAAAUGGUCAGCGGAUCCAACACAGCUUGCGACUCUAGGUGACGUCAUUGCAGCUCUCAAAGCCAUGGAUAAGCGAGCGGAGUUUGUAUCGCUGGCCUUUGCUGUGAAAAUGGAAGUUUGGUACAAUCAAAUCUGUCCGAUCUACCGGGCGUACCUUUUUGGCUUCGACGAGGUCCAUGAACUAAAUGAACAGUUAGUUUCGCCCUUGAUUGCAAGCAAAAGCUGGCUGUCUGCUUUUGGCCAUCUUGCUCUUCAGUUGUUAGUGCUACUAGCUGAAAUUCCGUGGGACGCGGAACUCAUGAGUGUCUACAAUCCUCCUCUGGAGAGCGGUAUAGUUGAGACAUGGCCGCCGUCAUUGUCUUGCCCGACCAGCAUCUCAGCUAAUGCAACUCCACAGCAACGGAUCUUUCUACAAACCGCAGUUGCAGGGUUAGCCACUGAGUACAGCGGACGCGCCAUGGACAGUUUUGCUUGCUUGGUUGAAGUCGAAAUGCUGGGAAAGAUUUGGGGUUUCGAUCUGAAGUUUCUGCGCUCUUUGUACUUGCUUGCGAUGUACGAGUUGGCCAAAGAUCGGAUGGUUGACGAACUUCUGACGAAGAGUGCUACGGUCAUCGACGGACCUUACUUUGUAGAAGGGGCUGUCGAUAUCGUAUGCCGCCGGCUCAACGAUUUUUUGUUCGGGGAUAGGAUGAGAACUGGUGAAAUACAAGGUGUUGUAGGUAUGCUGGACGCUGAUUUGUGCGAGUGGUUGCAAUCAAGAGCCGAAAGCUCUAGCUACUUUGUCAAGCCGGGACCACCUAGUAGUAUUCGUAUUGGCAACACUCAUUUGUUCACCAUGAGGUUGUUGAGUUUAAGCGCAACUGCACAGAUUGAACCCGCUCUGCGCGUUAAAAUUCAUUCCCUUGUCGUACUCAGUGGAACACUGGUCAAGGCGCUCGAAGGGCGGAAGUAAGAGUUUAGAGGUAAAAGC